UGUCACUUUACUAAAGUGAAACUGAAGUUGCUAGACGUGCUGUAUGUUGCACACAUGAAUACACUAUUUCAAACUCUUCAGAAAUCUCUCUUAAACAGCUACACAGUCUCCGUUGUUUUUUAAAACUACCGUAUAUACUAGAGAAAAAUCAGAAAACACACCCUCACAAUUUUACACAGACACAGAUAUGGCUUCCUCCAGCAGUCUCCUGUCUGAAGAGCAGUUCCUGUGCUCUAUCUGUCUGGAUGUGUUCACUGAGCCAGUCACCACUUCAUGUGGACACAACUUCUGCAUGGCCUGUAUCACAAAGUACUGGGAUAGCAGGGACCUGUACCAAUGUCCACUGUGUAAGGAUACGCUCUACAGACAACCUGAGCUUCGUGUCAACACAACGUUAAGAGAGGUUGUAGAGAAUUUAAAAAUGAUGAGAGGUAGAGGUACAGACGAAUCCCCUCCCAAACUUGGAAAAGUGCCCUGUGACGCCUGCACUGGGAAGAAGCUCAGUGCCAUGAAGUCUUGCCUGGUGUGUCUGGCCUCUUACUGUGAGACUCAUCUGGAGCCUCAUCAGAUCGCCCCAGCCUUCAAGAGACACAAACUGAUCGACCCUGUGGAGAACCUGGAAGACAGGAUCUGUAAGAAGCAUGACAGACUCCUGGAGCUUUUCUGUAGGACUGACCAGACAUGUGUGUGUCAGUUCUGCACUGAGGCAGACCACAAGACUCAUGACACUGUCUCUAUAGAGGAAGAGUGUGGAGAGAGGAAGGCUCAGCUGGCGAAAACUGAGGCAGAAGUGCAGCUGAUUAUCCAGGAACAAAUGCAGAAGGUUAAAGAGAUCAAACUCUCAGUAGAUCUCAGCAAGAGAGAUGCAGAGAGGGAGAUAGCAGACAGCAUACAGGUCUUCACUGCUCUGGUGAGCUCCAUUGAAAAAAGCCAGGUUGAGCUUGUUAAGGUGAUUGAGGAGAGGCAGAAAGCAGUAGAGAGGCAGGCUGAAGGGCUCAUUAAAGAUCUGGAGCAGGAAAUCACUGAGCUAAAGAGGAGAAGCACUGAUCUGAAGCAGCUCUCACACACUGAGGACCACCUCCAACUUCUCCAGAACUACCCAUCACUAGUGUACAAACAUCCACCCACCAAGGACUGUUUUGAGAUCAGUGUUCACAGUGAUCUGUGUGUGGGGACUGUGAGGAGAGCUGUGUCCCAGCUGGAGGAGAUACUGAAUAAAGAGAUGGAGAAGCUGCCUGAAGUCAAACUGAAGAUGAUUCAGCAGUAUGCAGUGGAUGUGACUCUGGACCCUGAUACAGCACAUCACAAACUCAUCCUGUCUGAGGAUGGAAAACAAGUAAGACACGGAGACACGGAGCUGAAUCUUCCUGACAAUCCAAAAAGGUUUGAUCAGCAUUGCAUUGUCCUUGGAAAGGAUGGCUUCUCCUCAGGGAGAUUUUACUAUGAGGUGAUUGUUAAGGGUAAGACUAGGUGGACUUUAGGAGUGACCAGAGAGUCCAUAGACAGGAAAGGGGAAAUCACACUGACACCUGAAGAUGGACUCUGUGUUGUGUACCGAAGGAAUGUAAAUGUGUACAAAGUCAGUAACUCCCCACCUGUCCUCCUCUUCCUGAGAAAGAAUCCCCAGAAGGUCGGGGUGUUUGUGGAUUAUGAGGAGGGUCUGGUUUCCUUUUAUGAUGUAGAGGCCAGGUCUCAUAUCUACUCUUUCACUGGCUGCACCUUUACAGAGAAACUCUUUCCAUUCUUUGGCCCCUCUGAAAAAGAUGAAAACUCAGCCCCUCUCAUCAUCUCUCAUGUCAAUCACACAGGCUGAAUCAAUGAUGGAAAGGGAACAGAUAAUGAACUAAUUACAUUCACAAAUCAUUGAAUAUAUCAGUUUAGAAAUGAUCAUAUUUAGCCAGCCGACACAUGAUUGGAAUUUCCAUGGAUGUCCUCUGUAAUCUCAUCAUCAAAUGAACUUGUAAACGUCUUUACUCUGUUAGGGACAGAUUGAAUAUUACUGGAGAGGGGUGGACCAAAAUAUGGGAGCUUUGUCAAACCUUUUUCAUUGCUUUGGUUGUGUGGGUUUUUGGGGGUUACAGGGGGGAGGGUAGUGUGUUUUUUCCCAGAUUUACAUUCACCAUUCUGCUCGUAUCUUCCAUACAAACAAUGGCUUGACUUACUUUUGGUAUUACCCUAAUAAAGUUUAGAAAGGUUUAGGAAGGAUUGGUAUGGUGUGGCUAUCAUUAAGCCUUAGCUACUGCAGGCCUGUGCUAUGAAGGCAGUGUCCCCCUGUGCUCCAGGUGAGGGAGAUAGUUUCAGGCCUACCAGAGUUACUCCAUUAAUCUACCAAUAUAAUGCUCAUCGUUAUACAAAAUAUUCAGAUUGAAAGCCUAUAAAUUUGCCCUCCUUCUGUGUGUCUAUAUCUGUGUAGCAGACGCAGUAGCCAUCUGCCAUAAAGAAAUGCAUGUCAGUGUCGUAGCAUGCCACCAGCAUCUCUCUCUCUGGGGUUAAGCUUAUUUUCCUAUAUAUAUGCUACGUAUAUAUAUAUAUUUGUUUAAAUGUUAAUAUCAUACAGUGUACACCUAAGCCUAUUGGCCUUUGCAUAUGCAAUGCCUUGAUACGUUUAGUAAUCAAAUCUCUGACAGCUGAACCGUGAGGUGGACAACUAUUAUUUUAGGAAAGUACCCCCAAAAGUAAAAAAUAAUAAUUGGCUAUAAAGUUUUGCAUAUGCUACAAAUCGAAACACAAUCAAUAGUGUUUCUGUAAAUUGUUAUAGUCUGGUUUUAAUUACAUGUAAAUAUGGUUUAAUUAGCCAACAUUCCUAAUUUAUUGAAGGUGCCCGCUGUCCAGGUUGGAUUUGAAUGCAUAUAGAUGUUACAUUUCUCAAAUGUCUGGUAAAUUAAAGAUUUUCCUGUCAUGUUGUCCAGAGCCAGAAAUGGCACAUUGAAAAAGGUUUUAGAAUAAAUUCAAACAAACCUUUGUUUCAUCACAAAACCCGGAGAGCAACCUUUGUCCAGUGAAGUCCCCAAAGCAUAUUGCAUGGAACAAACAGUUACAUGACCUACAGCAAGUUAGCAUUUCUGACAUUUUAAGACCACUAAUGAUUUAGAACCACAGAGAGUUACCGCAAGACGCAAAGAAAACAGGAGCUGCCUCCACUAUUCCAGCACCAUUUCAACUUAAACAUUUCAACAUCAUCUGAUGCUUAGUCUAAUUCAGUGACAACUAAAAGAUACCAAAAACAAUUUAGUCCAAUCAACGUAAGCUAAAUAUGAUGUGGCUGUCUAUGGUUCUAAUUUCUGUGUGUGUUUGUGUGUGUAUGUACAGAAACUCCAAUGCCAUCCUCUCUUUCAUGGAGAUGAAACGGUCUAUCACUCUGUCAAACAGUACACACUUUGUUUUUUGCCAUCCUAGGCUACUUGGCUACAAUGCUUGCUCGCUAGUUUAACUUCAUUUCAUGGGCAACGUUAGCUAGUUACAGUAAGAUUAGCCUUCUAUAUCUAGCAACAUAUUGAACUUCCAUCCUCUCAGGCCAGGGGCACUAUGUAUGUAUUUAUGGUUGGAUCAGAAUUGCCAUUUAAAUCAGUGUCCAGUAUGGAGAAUUAAGUAAAACCACAAGUCCAAAUCCCUAUCUCCAGGAAAGAGGCAAUUUUAGCUAGCUAGCCACCGGAGGACAACAACACAAAGAGAUGCAAGAAUUCAAGUUGUUUCUGUCAAUGACGUAUGCUCUCGAUGUGAUUGGAGAGAAGCCAAUUCCAAAACAGCUUCUAUUGACACUUUUUUUUGGUGCGCCAGGACCAUUCAUAGUAGAGCUCACUCAGUUUAUCACUGAUUGGCUAUUAUUUCAUUCUUUUCUAUCAAGGGAGGCCAAAUGCUCGCUGGCUUCCCUUGCAUUCAAUGCUAUGGGCGGCGACAAUGUCAUACUUUUUUGGACCAGACAGCAUCAGAUAGAUGGCCUACACAUACUGAGACAGAGCGAUGCUGUUUUACUCGUGCAGAGGUUUCUCCAGUGAGAUACAUUCAGCCUCUUGCGAAUUGAAGGAAAAUGAUGAAACUAAGAGAGACGAUAGAUCAAUUAUUUUAUAUGCUUUCAUUUUUCUCUUGGGCCAUGAAUAUAUGGAUACAGAAUUACAAUCUCACGAAGCAGUAAUGACCCAACGUUGCCACGAUUUAGGGAUUUACGUCCUGUACAGGUCCAGAACGAUGCACCUAUUUGAUUGUAUUUGAACCCAAGCUCAGGAUCACAUUCUCGGCAUCGUAAAGGACCAUAACUGUAUUACCAUUAUUGCUCUUUGUUUUUGUUGUCAAUUGUCUGUCAGUGUUGUUUUAUCUGUUGUUGUUUAUGGAUGCUGUGUGGGUUGUCUGCCACCAAGUGGCAUGUUUUGUCAUGUCCUGCAUUUAUGUUUUAUAAACUCCAAUAGAAUAUAUGAAAGAGACAAACUCAAUGAGCAGUUAUGAUCCAAUAUUGCCACAAUUUAGGGAUUGUCAGUUAUGAUCAUGCGUUGCUUUUAACGUAAGACAACCUCAAUAUUUGUAGGACCUGCAUUUCAUUAGACACUUCUUCAGGCACCACAAGCAGCAGAUGCAGGCUUUUAGCAUACAGCGAGCACAGGCAAUUUCCUACAAACAGUAAAGUAUUUCUGCAUUUUCUCCUUUCACCCAUUUUCUGUUACUUGACUUGAUAAACUGGUAGUUGGUAUAACUCAAAGUGAAUAUGUUUAAAGGAAAAAUCUGUGAUAUUUCCUGAUUCUUAGUUAAUGGUCAAAUGUGCCAAGACAGCCACUACUUCUUCAUCCCAAUGUGGAAUUAGAAUUCUGUUGGUUGUUGAUGUCAGAAAACCUUCUAUACACCUGCAAUAAUAGGUACUUGUUUCACAUUUCUGAUUCACACUUAUUCUACCUAAAUCAGUAAAACAAUUAUACAACUCUU